AUGGUUAGUGAAGUAGAAAGAAGUGCAAGAAAUGAAAAGUAUGAACAGGAGAGAAUUGAACAUACUCCUUGGGUUGAAAAGUAUAGACCAAAGAAUCUUGAUGAUGUAGCGUCUCAAGAACAUACCGUUAAAGUAUUGAAAAGAACUUUAGUAUCGGCUAAUUUACCUCAUAUGUUAUUCUAUGGACCUCCAGGUACUGGUAAAACAUCAACUAUUUUGGCUUUAGCUAAGCAAUUAUAUGGCCCUAAUUUAUUCAAAUCAAGAGUAUUAGAAUUAAAUGCUUCAGAUGAAAGAGGUAUAUCCAUUGUUCGUCAAAAGAUCAAGAAUUUUGCCAGAUUAACAGUAUCUAAUCCAACUAAAGAAGAUUUGGAAAAUUAUCCUUGUCCUCCUUAUAAGAUCAUUAUCUUAGAUGAAGCUGAUUCCAUGACUAAUGAUGCUCAAUCAGCUUUAAGAAGAACCAUGGAAACUUACUCCAAUGUCACUAGAUUUUGUUUAGUAUGUAAUUAUAUCACUAGAAUCAUUGAUCCUUUAGCAUCCAGAUGUUCUAAAUUCAGAUUCAAAUCUUUAACUAAUGAUGAUGCCUUAGCAAGAUUACAAUAUGUUGCCAAUGAAGAAAAAGUUGAAUUCGAAGAUGACGUUUUAAAUCAAGUUUUAAGGAUAAGUAAUGGAGAUUUGAGAAAAGCCAUAACUUAUUUACAGUCAGCCACAAGAUUACAAAACACUACUACUUUCAGUGAUGAAGAUAUGCAAAUUGAUGAUAAAAUUUCUGUAAAUACUAUUUUGGAAGUAGGAGGAGUGGUUUCAGAAAGCAUAAUCAAGAAUAUUAUCACUACUAUAGAGUCUAAGAAUUCUAAGAAGAUCAUAGAUGGUACCAAAGAAAUAAUAUUACAGGGGUUCAGUGCUCAACAGCUACUUGAUCAAUUACAUGAUGCAUUGAUUUUGGAUGAUGCUAGAAGUUCAAUAACCAAGAAUAAAAUAGCUUUGAUUCUUUUUGAUACCGAUAGAAAGUUAAGUAAUGGAACUGAUGAACAUAUUCAGUUGUUAAAUUCAUUUUUACAAAUCUCUAAAGUUAUAUAG